AUGGCCGCAGCCCUAACUCUGGGUCUACGAGGACACCAGGUCACGAUCCUGGAGUCCGCGCCUAAGCUUAUGGAAGUUGGAGCGGGCAUCCAAGUCUCUCCUAACAUGCUCCGAUUGUUUGAUCGCUGGGGUGUCUCUCCCUCCAUUCACGCCAAAGAUGUUGCCCUCGAGCACAUCCACGUUCGUCGGUGGCAGGACGGCUCGUUACUAGGCACUAUGCCCGUUAACAAGACUUACGGUCAACAGGUGGUCAUCCACCGCGCGGACCUCCACAACGCACUCAUUGACCAAGCGCUGGCGCUGUCAAAUGUGGAACUGCGCGUCAACUCCACGGUCACCGAUGUUCAAUUCGACCAGGCAGCGGUGACGCUCGCAGACGGCACCGUCGUCAAGGGCGACGUUGUCAUUGCGGCGGACGGCAUCAAAUCCGGCAUCCGGGGUCAGCUCCUCAACGACUACUCCUGCAAGGCCAUCCCCACGGGCGAUGCCGCCUACCGGAUCAUGCUUCCUCGCAGCGCGCUCGAAAGUGAUCCCGAGUUGAAGGCCCUGAUGGACGAGCCCCAAGCCACGCGUUGGCUCGGCCCCAAUCGCCACAUCAUCGCGUACCCCGUGCGCAACCACGAGCUCUACAAUGUCGUGCUGCUGCACCCCGACAGCCACGGCGUCGAAGAGUCCUGGACCACCAAGGGCUCCAAGCAGGCCAUGAUCGACAACUACCGGGGCUGGGACAGUCGCGUGACGAAGCUCAUCGACCUGGUGCCCGACGACGAGGUUCUCGAGUGGAAGCUCUGCCUGCACGCGCCCUUGAAGACCUGGAUCCGGGGCAACGUCGCUUUGAUUGGCGAUGCCUGCCAUCCGAUGCUACCCUACGUCGCCCAAGGCGCCGCGCAAGCCGUCGAAGACGCCGCCGCGCUCGGCAUCCUCCUCUCCACCAUCCCCUCGCGCGCCGCCAUCCCCGCCGCCCUGCGCGCCUACGAGCAAUCGCGCAAAUCCCGCGCCGAGACCGUGCAGCAGUCCGGCUCCGAGAACCGCAUCACCCUGCACUUCCCCGACGGGCCCGACCAGAUCGCCCGCGACGAACAGUUCCGGACCGCGCUGACCAGCGGCUCCAACCCCGAUCGCUGGUCCGAUCGCGAAACCCAGAGACGUCUCUGGGGGUGGGAUGCCGAGAAAGCCGCCCUGGACGUGUGGAAUGAAAUGCAUGGCGACGUCGUCUCGGAAGUCCGUCACCAUCUCUAA